AUGGAUGGACAACACAAUCUCACCGGAUUUAAUUGCAAGCGUUGUACCUUGCCAGAUUCGGCGGACAAUCACAUGGUUGCUUGUGAUAUAUGCCAGGAAUGGGAGCAUUUUAAGUGUGCCGGGGUGGAUGAGCGGAUUGCUGAUCAACCGUAUCAAUGUCAAUCGUGUAUCGCCAAGCAGUCGACAGAAAAAUCUGUGUUUCUACAACCAGCGGCUGCUGAAAAGAAAAAAUCUACCAAAACAUCCAGUAAAAUGGGAUCAAAAGGCAAAAGCAAAGUUCCACCUACGCCUUCUGUUAAUAGCAUUACAUCCAGUAACCGUGCUGCAAUGGAAGCCCAAAUGCGGCUGAUUGAAGAGGAGCAACGUAUGCAGGAACAGCAGCUUUUGGAGCAGGAGAAAAUUCGAAAACAAGAGUGUGAAGAAGAACAGCGUCAAAUCGAAGAGCAACGACAACUGAUGGAGCGGGAAAAGUUGCUACGCGAGCGUAAGUUAAAAGAAUCUAAAGCGUUCCAAGCACAGCAACAAUUGAUACGUCAGCAGUCUUUAGAAAAGAAACGUGGGUUAAUGCAGCAGAUGUCCGUUUCUGGUAGUCGCAUUGGAUCGGAGCUCGAUCCAAAAGAACGUACGAUGGAUUGGGUGAGCAAUCUGAAAGCAAAUGAUGGGCCUGUUUGCAACGCCGUCGAAGACAAAGAAGUAGCACAUAGUGGUAUAGUUCCUCCACGUGCUAGGUCGGUGGUCGAGCACCCUGUCGAAGCACCGUCUCACUCUCAACCACAGGUAAAUGUAGCUCAACAAUUAGCUGCCCGUCAGGUAAUGGGGAGAGAACUUCCGUCUUUCAGUGGCCAUCCAGAAGAUUGGCCGAUCUUCAUCAGCAGCUUCGAACAAUCGACAGCUGCUUGUGGCUUUACCGAUGCAGAAAAUCUAAUUCGCCUACAACGAUCGUUGAAAGGCCAUGCGCUGGAGUCAGUCCGCAGUCGCUUGCUGCUACCCGCUGGAGUCCCUCACGUUAUUAAAACUUUGCGGAUAUUAUAUGGUCGACCGGAACUACUGAUUCGAUCACUAACCGAAAAGAUACAACGACUUCCGCCACCCAGGCAUGAUCGGUUAGCGACUAUUAUGGAGUUCGGCCUGGCUGUGCAAAAUCUUGUAGACCAUCUUAAAGCAGCACACCAAGUCAGCCAUCUGACAAAUCCAGUUUUAAUGCAGGAGUUAAUUGAAAAAUUGCCCGGGCCCUUGAGGCUACAGUGGGCUAUGUUCAAAGGGCAAUUCCCUUCCGUAACGUUAGCCACUUUUGGAGAUUUCAUGUCGGGUCUGGUAGAAGCAGCAAGCGAAGUGACGUUUGAGCUACCGUGUAUCAACAAUACGCCUAGAGGAGAGAAGCAAAAACCAAAAGAAAAGUUUUUUCAUCAAAUGCAUUCUACAGAGCAGAAGUUCGGAAAAAUGCCUGAAUCUGCUGCGGUAGGCAAGUCUCAAGGUUCGAUCGGUAAACCUUGCCCUACGUGCAGCGUAGCUGGACAUCGUGUAAAUGAAUGCGUUCGUUUCAAAUCCCUAAGCGUGGUCGAAAGAUGGAAAAUUGUACAACAAAAAGGAUUGUGCAGAACUUGCCUAAAUAAUCACGGCAAAUGGCCAUGUAAGUCAUGGAAAGGGUGUGCGAUCGACGGGUGCAGUGACAGGCAUCACACUCUGCUCCACCCUCUGCCCACUGUGAAAAUUUCCGCAAGUCACACCAGUCAAGGUGCAUUGCAUUGUCCACUAUUUCGUAUCCUACCAGUCGAGCUUUUUGGGAACGGUGUUUCAAUCACGGUUUUUGCUUUUAUCGAUGAGGGUUCAUCCGUUACCCUGUUAGAGGAAACAGUAGCUACAGAACUCGGCAUUGCAGGAAGGUCUGAGCCUUUGACCUUACAGUGGACCGGGAACAUGAAACGCGAGGAACCGAAAUCGCAACAGUUGCAGUUGGAGAUAGCAGGUAAAAACUGUGCAACGAGGCGUCAACCUUUUCGAGCCCGCACGGUUAGCAGUUUAGUACUUCCCAAUCAAACGAUUCGUUAUACCGACUUAGCACGACGAUAUCCCCACCUGAGAGGAUUACCGCUUGAGGAUUAUGGAGAGCGUCAACCGAAAUUAUUAAUUGGUUUGGACAACCUUCGUCUGACUGUGCCGCUGAAGCGGCGCGAAGGCGGCAACGCUGAUCCUAUUGCAAAUAAAUGUAGGCUGGGAUGGAGUAUAUACGGGUGCGGUGCAAACAGUUCCGAUAAAACAACAUCUGUUUAUUUUCAUCUUAGCGCGAUCUCCGAUGCAGACCGCGAGCUUAACGAACAACUCCGAGAAUAUUUUAGCAUCGAAGCUGCAGGUACUACAAUUCCUGUCGAGAAACUGGAAUCGGCAGAAGAUAGACGUGCGAGAAGGAUUCUUGAAGAGAGCACCCGACGUACGACGUCGGGUUUUGAGACGGCCUUGCUAUGGAAGGCGGACCAUCGUGAUUUUCCGGACAGUUUCCCCAUGGCAACUCAGCGCCUCCUCUCAUUCGAGCGUAAGUUGCAAAAGGAUUCAGAGUUGAAGCAACGCGUUAACAUGCAAAUAAAGGAGUAUGUGAAGAAAGGGUACGCCCACAAGGCCAGCGAAAUGGAACUUCAUUCUACGAAAGCGAAUCAGGUGUGGUACCUACCACUCGGCGUCGUCGUUAAUCCCAGAAAACCAGAAAAGUUACGACUCAUCUGGGAUGCGGCAGCCAAAGUAGAUGGAGUUUCUUUCAACACUACUCUUCUGAAGGGACCUGAUCUGCUAUCUCCUCUCCCCACCGUACUCUUCCGGUUUCGGCAGUUUCCCGUGGCUGUGUGUGGGGACAUCAGGCAGAUGUUCCACCAAAUCAAAAUUAGGGAAUCUGACCGUCAAUCUCAGCGCUUUCUGUGGCGCGAAACAUCCGAUGAGCCUCCUACGGUGUACGUGAUGGACGUUGCCACGUUUGGGUCUACAUGUUCGCCCACCUCGGCACAAUAUGUAAAGAACCUUAACGCAAGGGAAUUUAUUGACGCUUUUCCUCGAGCGGUUGAUGCUAUUUUAAAUAGCCACUAUGUAGAUGAUCUGUUGGAUAGCUUUCGAACGGUACAGGAAGCAGUUGAUGUAAUUAACCAGGUGAAGCUCGUGCAUACCAUGGGUGGCUUCGAGAUACGAAAUUUUCUGUGCAACCGACUGGAAGUUUUAUCGCUAAUAGGUGAGAUCUCAGACGAUGGUACAAAAGAUUUGGCGCUAGAACGUGAAGGAGUAACGGAGUCCGUGCUUGGCAUGCGAUGGAUUCCCGCAGACGACUGUUUUACCUACACGUUUAUGCUUCGGAAAGAUUUACUUCCAAUACUUCGAGAGGAACACAUUCCAACCAAACGCGAAAUAUUAAAAGUAGUUAUGUCACUCUUUGACCCGCUGGGCCUGCUAUCAUUUUUUCUCGUCCAUGGGAAAAUAAUUAUACAAGAUUGUUGGGCAACCGGAAUUACGUGGGAUGAACCAAUCAAUGCGGAACUCUACGAACGCUGGAUUCGUUGGACAAGUUUCUUUCCUCUGUUGGAUACACUCCGGAUCCCACGGUGCUAUUUUCUUUCAGGCCUGCCAGCAGGAAAUCCCAACCUGCAGGUUCAUGCGUUUGUAGAUGCCAGCGAGCAAGCAUAUUGCUGUGUAAUCUACUUCCGGCUGGAGGUAAACGGAAGCAUUCAGGUUUCGUUGGUGGCCGCCAAAACCAAGGUGGCUCCGUUGAAAACAUUGUCGAUCCCGAAGCUCGAGUUAAAAGCAGCAGUGCUAGGAGUACGCCUUAUGAAUACCGUUAUUAAUUCUCACACUUUAACCUUUUGCCGACGUUACCUGUGGAGUGACUCCACUACUGUGUUGGCAUGGAUCCAAUCAAAUCAUCGUCGAUAUCAAAAAUUUGUUGCAGUUCAGGUGGGUGAGAUACUAAUGGCGACUGAACCGCAAGAAUGGAUGUGGGUUCCUACCAAGCUUAAUAUAGCAGACGAAGGUACUAAGUGGCGUUCGGAUCCAAACUUUCGCUCCGAUAACCCAUGGUUUGUAGGGCCAUGUUUUCUACGAACAACAGAAGAACAUUGGCCAGAACAAAGGCGAUUUACUACGACGGUGGAGGAAAUACGUCCUCUGCUUAUACACACAUCUGCUUCACCACUCGUGGAAGUCAGUCGCUUCGGUCGCUGGGAAAAGCUCAAUCGAACAAUGGCUUACGUUAUCCGCUUCAUUCAGAAUCUUCACCGAAAAAGAAACCGCUUACCCCUUGAACUUGAAGAAAUUAAACAGCAGGAAUUUCAAGAAGCAGAAGAAGCACUCUGGAAGAUGGCACAAGCGGAGGGUUUUCCUUCAGAAAUAGCGACUCUCAAACCUACUCAAGGGUCUCCUCAAUCGCGCCAUGCUGUUGUUGCGAAAUCUAGUUCCAUCUAUAAAACGUGGCCAUUUCUCGACGAAAAAGGCAUACUCCGCAAGCGUGGUAGAAUAGAUGCUGCACCAUUCGUUCUAUUCGAUGCAAAAUAUCCAAUCAUUCUCCCAAAGGGACAUCCAAUAGUUUUCCUUCUGAUCGACUGGUAUCAUCGUCACUUUCGUCAUGCGAAUCGAGAAACCGUGGUGAACGAAAUGCGACAGUGCUUCGAAAUAUCUAAACUUCGGGAGCAAAUUAAAAAAGUAAUGUCACAAUGCAAUUUGUGUCGAAUAGCCAAAGCUUCUCCAAGUCAUCCCCCCAUGGCGUCCCUUCCCAGCAGUCGAUUGACACCAUUCGUUCAACCUUUCACUUCUGUCGGCGUGGACUACUUUGGACCAAUCCAUGCCAAAGUUGGCAGGAGCAAUGCUAAGCGGUGGGUGGCCCUAUUCACCUGCCUGACAAUUCGUGCAGUGCAUUUAGAAGUGGUGUACAGUCUAUCAACGGAAUCAUGCAUUUUGGCUGUUCGGCGCUUCGUUUCACGACGUGGAUCUCCAGCUGAGUUCUACUCGGAUAAUGGUACGUGUUUCACGGGUGCCAGUAAUCUUUUGCAACAAGAGAUAUUGGAAAGAAAUCGAGCAUUGGCCACGACAUUCACCGAUGCCCAUACCUGCUGGAAAUUCAUUCCUCCUGCAACGCCUCACAUGGGAGGCGUGUGGGAACGACUUGUGAGAUCCGUGAAAGUCGCUGUCGGAACGUUGUUGGAUUCUCCCCGAGUUCCGGACGACGAAACUUUACUUACCAUCAUGUGUGAAGCAGAAGCCAUGAUAAACCAUAGACCAUUAACGUAUAUCCCACUCGAGUCGGCUGAUCAAGAAGCACUUACCCCGAACCAUUUUCUGCUGGGAUGCUCGAGUGGGAAGAAAACCCUUCCGUCGGAGCCAAUAAAAAGGAAUGCUACUCUGCGUAGCAGCUGGAAAUUGGCUCAAUAUUUACGCGAUGAGUUCUGGCGACGGUGGAUCAGAGAAUAUCUGCCAGUCAUAAACCGCAGAUGCAAAUGGUUCGACGAGGUCGAAGACAUCAAAGUAGGUAACUUGGUAUUUGUAGUGAGCGGAGCUUCAAGGAAUCAGUGGAUCAGAGGUCGCGUAUUAGACGUGAUUCGGGGACGUGACGGCCGAGUACGGCAGGCAUUGGUCCAAACGGCUACAGGCGUGGUAAAGCGUGCAGCGGUGAAUUUGGCGGUACUCGACGUCAGAGAGAAUAGUGAAUCCCACCAUAGGCACUUGGAGGAACCGCGUCCACACCAGGAUUCACCGGCGGGGGAUUGUGACGACGAGACCCCUCGAUGCAGCGCAGUAGCAGACGCACUUUCAUGCGAUCAGCUUGAUCGACCAGCGAUCAUAUAA